UUCAACUUCCGCUUCCGCCGGGGCCGCGGGCACUUUAACUCCCCAUAAUGCCACUGCACAAAUACCCUCCUAAACUGUGGAAUACCUUGAAGCUGAGGCAGGGGAUUUACUCUCGCUUGCCUGAACACUACCUCAAGGCACUGAAGAAAGAAGAGACUCCUACUGCAGUCCAUUAUAAACCUCAUGGGGUCAAGUACAAGAUAAACCCAAAGAAUGGACAACGUGAGCUUGUCCAGGACGUUCCCAUCCCACUAUACUUUCCCCCUGAAUCCCAGCGGGGACUCUGGGGUGGUGAGGGCUGGAUCAGAGGUUACAGAUACACCAACAAUGACAAGCUCUCAAAACGUAUUAGAAAGACGUGGAAGCCCCAUCUCUAUGAACGAGAGCUUUACAGUGAGAUCCUGGACAAGACAUUCAAAACAAUGGUUACCAUGAGAACUCUGGAUCUAAUUGAUGAAGCCUAUGGAUUUGAUUUCUAUAUUCUCAAGACUCCAAAAGUGGAUCUGUGCUCUAAGUUUGGGAUGGACUUGAAAAGAGGAAUGCUAUUGCGUCUUGCCCGGAGGGACCCUCAGCUCCACCCAGAUGAUCCAGAAAAGAGAGAAGCUAUUUAUAACAAGUACAAGGAGUUUGUGAUCCCAGAAGAUGAGGCUGAAUGGGUCGGACUGACAUUAGAGGAAGCAGUGGAAAAACAGAGGCUCCUGGAAAAAAAAGACCCUGUCCCUCUGUUCAAAGUAUAUGUGGAAGAACUCAUUCAGCAGCUUCAAGAGCAGGCACUCUCUCAGCCAGCUGUGAUGCAAAAGAAAGCCUAGUGAGCCAGAACUUCCCAGAGACCAGAUUGACUAAGAGACCCUCUGUUUCUUAUCAUCAUCAUCUUAUCCAGGCCAAACCCACUGCUGCUUAUUUCACAGGGAUUUGGGAAGCAGAAUAGAUGAAGACUUCCUGAGUCCCUGCUGCUGGGUUCUCUGCAGAGCUCCUGGCCUGCCUCUGGCAGUAACCAGAGUGACAGACCAGCUCCAAAUCACAGGGCACCUUGAGCUCCUGUUGAUACUUUGAACUUGACACCUUUAUUUCUCUGAGACAAGUUAUUCAAAGGAACAAUAAACAACCCAUCCAAGGAUCCAG